CCCAAAGUUCCAACACCCGGGAGUUGGGUGGAUUUUCCUCCGCUUCCCCACACUGUCUCGCGUACUUUCCCCAUCACUCUUCAAUUAAAAUCAUACGCCACAAUUAAUUGAAAUACGGAAAAUUUUGUUAAACCCACAAAACUUCAAAACCAGCACCCCCAACCCCCUCAACCGCUUCCCUUAAGAAAAAAACCCCCCAAAUUAACAACGUAACGUCGAGAAGAUUCGAGUUCGAUGCGCUCUUGUUGGUCGGUGCCGGCCAAUGGUGCGGCGGAGGAAUUAUUCCGUUUAUGAGAAUGGUGCAGAUGACGUGGCAGCGUAGCUUGCUGAAGAGGAAGUCACCUUUAGGGCUCAAAAAUCUCGGUAACAGCUGCUACCUCAAUUCGGUGCUCCAGUGCCUCACCUAUACUCCUCCCCUCGCUAAUUUCUGCCUCAGAUUCCUCCAUUCCUCCAACUGUGAUGUGGGGGCAUCGAAGGAGAAGAAGAGCGAGUGUCCAUUUUGCAUAUUAGAAAAAAGGAUUGUACGCUCAUUGAGCAUUGAAGCAGCAUUAGAUACACCUUUAAAAAUCAACAGUUGUUUGAGGAUAUUUGCGGAGCAUUUUAGGGUGGGGAAACAAGAGGAUGCACAUGAAUUUUUGCGCUAUGCGCUUGAUGCUUGUCAUAGUACAUGUUUGAGGUUGAAGAAGUUACAACACCAGAGGAGGAAGGAUGGGGUUGAUAAUGGAGGAAACUGUGGUGGGAGUGGCAAUACGGUGGUUAAGGAGAUAUUUGGUGGGGCUAUUCAAAGCCAAGUGAAAUGUUUAUCGUGUGGGUCAGAGUCAAAUAAGGUGGAUGACAUUAUGGACAUUAGUCUUGAUGUUUUGCACAGUGGCUCACUUAAAGAUGCUUUACAAAGGUUUUUUCAGCCUGAGGUCCUGGAUGGCAACAAUAAAUACCAGUGUGACAAUUGUAAGAAAUUGGUGGCAGCAAGGAAACAAAUGUCAAUUCUUCAGGCACCAAAUGUGCUUGUAAUCCAAUUCAAGAGAUUUGAGAGCAUGUUUGGUGGGAAGAUAGAUAAACCCAUUGCAUUUGAGGAGACUCUAGUGCUUUCAAAUUACGUGUGCAAAGCAAGCCAGGAUCCACAUCCAGAGUACAAUCUUUUCGGCACCAUUGUACAUUCAGGCUUUUCACCCGAUUCUGGGCAUUAUUAUGCAUAUAUAAAGGAUGCAUUGGGCCAUUGGUACUGCUGCAAUGAUUCUUAUGUCUCACACUCUACGUUGAGGGAGGUUUUGUCAGAAAAGGUCUAUAUCCUUUUCUUCUCUCGUAUAAAACCAAGGCCACGAUCUUCCAACAAUGAUUUGGCAGCCAAUGGAUUAAUUCCCCACGAGUCCAAUGGCAGUAAUCCUACCUUGAACCAGAAGUCAGGUUAUUUACAGAGACCAGCGGGUACAAAACAAUUCUCUCACUGCCAUAUUGAGGCAAAUAUUUCUACCAAAUCCAUUGAGACCAAUGGCCAUGACACAUCAAUAAUCCAAAAGUCUGGCUGUUCAGUGACGCCACUGAGUACGAAACAAGAUUCCAACCACAUUUCCAUGACAAAUAAUUCAAUCUCAUUUAAGGUCGAUAAAGGGCAUUCUAGUCUAGAAAGGGAGUUUGGCGUCUUUGAGAAAUCGAGUCCUGCCAAGGGGAAUAUGAAAAUUGUUGUUCAUAAGAGAGAAUCCAAUGGAAAAACUUGCAAUGCUGCACCAUCAUUAACUUUGAUGGAAAAAGAUAUAAAGGUGGUGUCCUUAACUGAGAGGAAUGGUGUAAGCAAAAGUAAGUCAAUAGGAUCAGUUCACGUUGAUAAGAAUGGAUCCUCUCCCAUGACAAGCAGUAAUGGAAUUAUUAGGAGUAUGGAACAUGAUACCUUAGAUGGAAGUCUUUGUGGAGUCAAUGGCACGAAAACCAUGCUUGCAUCAGCAAGAAAUCUAGAUUUCCAGGAUUUGCAGAAUGGUUGUAGAAUAAACACCUCUAACAACUCUAGACUGAAGCGGAAAAAGCGGAGUGAUCUGUGCAUUUUGUUGGCCAAAGACGCUAAAUCAUGCGCAGAAGUGGAAGCAUUCAAGGAAUUAAUUGGGAAAGAAGCUUCCUUCUUUCUGCGAUCAUGUGGUUGGUCUGAUGAAGUUUAUAAAUUCAUGCAUUUGAGCAAAAAGCUGUGUGCACAAGCAGCUGGCAGUGAGACAUUAAAUGACCAUGAGAAGAAGAGGUUUUUGAUUUCAAGUGCGAAGCCUAAGUUUAUUUCAAAAAUUCCUGAGUUACUGAAGGCCAACUUAAUUGAGCGUCUCAAAUCUUUUAGCGGAGAGCAUCAAUCACCCAGAUCUUAAGCAAACAGUUUCCAGAGAGAUGGUGGGACUGUGGUUCUGUGCUUUCGUGAUGAUAAUGUUUGAUUAUAUGUUGAUGAUGAGAUGAGCAUUGUCGCAGCAUCGGACCUUUGCUGUUGUAAUUUCCUGUGCUGGUAGCUAUUCAGCCAGCGAAAAUUGAGAUCAAAGGGUUCAGUUUAAAACUGGCCAAAGUUUUCUCCUUGAGGUGGCGCAGUUGGCGUUGAUAGAGCAAAGAAGAAUGUUAUCAGUUUUGUACUACAUUCAUAUUUACAGUCGCCCAAUUUGACGCAUUACAAUUUUCCCAUUAAAAAUGCAGUCGGAGGGAAUUUCUUGAUAUGAUCUGUUGAUACUGAUACAGAAUGAGGAUUGUUAAUAUAAGCAAGGAGCUUAAAAGCCUUAGAUUAA